AUGGUGCGAGUAAGGAAUAUGAAAUGCCGUGCUCAGCUGUCACCAAAAUUGUUAGUGCGCCAAUGUUCCCAGAAUGACAAUGGUUCAAGCAAUCUUGUAUCGCGUGACCAGGAUAUCGAUAAUCCGUAUUAUCAACCUGCUAAUAUCAAAUCAGAUUUCAAAAAUCAAACAAACAAGCAAAAAGGGAAAGAUAAGAAAUGUGUUAAUGAUUUACGGAUUAGAAAUGACCAAUCCCUGGGCCAUAACUCCCAGUCUCAAUUUUCAGCUCUUUCUGUCAACCUUCUCAUCCUUUCAACACUGACUUCAGCCGACGUGAAGCUUCCUAUCGCUUUGUGGGUUUGUGACCAAUUUGCGAGUGUGACGGGUGGACCGUUUUGCUACAACGAGUUUAUGUAA